GAGAGAGACUUGGAGUGUGCCAGUCAGUCAGUAAGCCGCACCAUCGAAAGAAGUUUAAUGAUUGCCGCUGUUUCUUGCUCAUUCAGCACCAUCGUCAGUGUGUAAACGACCUUCCGCGGCGGAGCAAGUGACUUUGCGUGCAUAGUGGACAAGAGCAAUAUAGUGCACUAAAUUGCUCUCGUCAGUAUCACAUAUAUUAAAAUAUAUAUCGUCAAUGUACAGAAUUUGAAAGAGGCACUUUAGGAUAUUUCAACACGUUUAGUGAGCAGGAAAAUAUCUUGGUGGAGUAAAAAAAAGCACGUGUUUGUGAUUUUGUGCAAAAUUUUAUCGUUUAGCAAAAAUUUCUGCGAGAAAUCGGGUGAAAAAGAAGGUGGUACGAGAGUGGCUCUCGAUGGGAACCUGUUGAUCUCUUUUAUUUUCGUUGGCUAUUUAAUACACAUAGUGAAUUUAGUGCAGUAAAAGUGUCCAACCCCUUUUCUGACCAAAGAGACGCUGGUGGAAGAAGUGACGAGAUGCUCCUUUCCAAUUAGUCCACGAGAGGAAAGCAUCAGAGUGUUUUAGGUGGAGACAUUGCAAUGGAGUGAAAACAUCCAUAUUUCUGAGCAAUUAGAUGGAAAAAGCUGAAAAUCAACCUGGUUUUCACCUUGAAAAUAAAAUUGCACUUUUGUGUAAGACAGUGAGAAUACAGUGAGCAAAUCGAGUGAAAAAUUGUGUAGAUUGCAGCUGAAAACUUCAAAAAAUUAUAAUGAAAUCUGUACAAUUCGCCUGCCUAUUGGUGGUCAUUUGUGUUGCAAGCACGGCCCAUGGCACUUGUGUACUAGAGACAGAUUUUGGUAUUGUUGUUAAUUGUGCCUUCAAAAAGUCUGGAUUGUUCCGGGUGAGGAAUCUCGGUGGUUUAAAGGCGCACUUUGGGUUAGGUUUGAGCUUUGGUGAUGAUGUUGGAUUCGAGCAGAGUUUGGGUGCUCUUGAGGGCAAUAAGCGCCGAUCGGCCAAUGCCCGCCAAAUGCCCACAAUGUUGGGUGUACUUCCUGCCAUGAAACAGAUGCCAGUGCAGCCACCGCCACCAAUUCAGCUCAGUCGUCCACAAGCACUAACAUCUCGGCCCAAUCUCAGUGUCCAGGACAUGACGAGGGUGCUGAAUCCCAAGAAGCCAGGUCGUAUGACCGAAGCCAUGUCCCUGCCACUCGGAGUGCCAGCCUUCAAGCCCAUUCCGCGUCAAGAUGAUAAACUUAGCAGACCUGGUGCGCCAGUCAAGAAGACGUACCAGCUGCCGGAACAGAAUCUCACUGCCAUCCAAGACAACCUCAUUCAAUCGGAUUCAUUCAACUUACCCGCCUUUCAGACACUCCACUCGCCGACGCGACUCUUUGCGGACAAUCAAGUUGAUCGAAAGUUUGACCUGAACAAGAAGAACACCGUCUUUGCACAGUCUAUCAAAGAUGAAAGUCACAAGACCACCGACACUGCCCUGCACACCACACGUCCCAAAGUCGACCUCAUGGGACACACGGUUGAGGAACUUGCCGCUGUGGCUAAUGUGAGCGUCGAGGCGAUUCAGGCCGCCAUCCGACAGCGGGAAUUCCAGAUGGCCCUCGAGCAUCAAAUGACCCAGGAAGCCAAUCGACUUAAAACAACAACAACAACAACAACAACCACCACAACUACUACCACAAGGAGACCACCACCUGCCAAAAGGAUGAAUCAUCCACCCCAUAAAGUCAUGAAUGCACCCAAGGAAUACUAUCCAGUAGGAUAUGAUAAGAAUUUUGACGACAACUUUACAACCCGUGUGGAUUUGCCACAAACAUCUUUCCAUUGCGGUGAUCAGAAGCACUUCCCCGGACUGUACGCAGAUGAAAAUCUGGGAUGUAUGGUCUUUCAUGUUUGCGCCUUAACGGACGAUGGCCUUAUUAUGAAGUCUUUUCUCUGCCCAGAAAGUACUCUAUUUGACCAAUCGAUACUCAAGUGCAACUGGUGGUUCUACGUGGAUUGCAAAAUGAGCAGAUCACUCUAUGACAGCAAUAUUCCCGUAUCAAAGAGCUAUCAACUGAUGAAGGCUCUCACUUUCUUCUCCACCAACUACAAAAAUAGUCCAUCUGUCGAUAUUGAAGCACUGAAAAAUUCAGUAGCUCCAGCAACUUAAUGAAAAAAACAUUAACUGACAAAACUGAAGCAAAAGAAGAAACCUUAGUUGUAGAACAACAUAUUUAGUGAUUAGUUAGAUAAUUUCUAGUUGUCUUUAUACAAAUUUUUUCCUGCCAAAAUAGACGACUUGAUAUUGAGAAGCUUUAAUUGUAUAAAAAAAAGUGAAUUUUGUGUGUAUUGUUUUCUUUCAAUAUCGAUUCGUCUAUUUAAUGAUUUUACACUUUGUUUUCAUAAUAAGGUAAUUUAAUGUAAUUUUAAAGAAAUAUUUUUUUAUACUUGUGUAAACUUUCCCUUUUGAAAGAAAAAAAUUACAAACAGCAAUUUUCGACAAUUUUCAGAGGAAUUCCCUCUACAAUUGUUAUAGAGAUCAUUUCCCUCAUUAAACAUAUCCCAAAAGAGAUAAA